AUGGAUCAUUGCACGCCGAAGAAGGACGUCUUCCAGGACUCGGACACAGUUUUCCGGUCAAUCAGCAAGUUCACCACGAGGCCUGAGAGCCCCAAGGCGCCCACGAUAAAGGACUUCUGCAUAAUCAAGCCCAUCAGCCGCGGGGCUUUCGGGAAGGUGUUCCUGGGCUACAAGAAGGACAACAAGGAGCGAUUGUAUGCCGUGAAGGUGAUGCGGAAGUCCGAGAUGAUCAACAAGAACAUGGUGUCGCAGGUGAUCACGGAGAGGAACGCCCUGGCGCUGUCCCGCAGUCCUUUCUGCGUGAAUCUCUUCUACUCGCUGCAGACGACGUCGUUCGUCUACUUGGUGAUGGAAUACAUGGUCGGCGGCGAUCUCAAGUCUCUCCUGGCCAUGUACGGCUUCUUCGACGAGACCACCGCCCGAUUCUACGCCGCGGAAGUGGCUCUUGCCCUGCAGUAUCUGCACAGCCACGGUAUCGUUCAUCGCGACAUAAAGCCAGACAACAUGCUGAUCGCCGCUUCCGGACACUUGAAGCUCACGGACUUCGGCCUGAGCAAGAUCGAACUGUGCAGGGAUUUGGAGAUGUCAGACUUGAUAAACUGCUCGCCGAAUCUCAAUGCACGCACACCCGGACAGCUGCUGUCACUCACAACGCACCUCUCCUUUGGAUCCGUGGAGAAGAAGGCUGAGCUCGCGGAGAAGGAGACUCUGCCGGUGUCCACAUUCAUGGACAUCAUCAACAACCACCAGAGUGGAGACACGAUUCUGGACACUUCCAUCUCGUCCAACAACGAGGCCAACGACAGUCGCAUGUCCGGCGUGUCGCCGUUCUUCUCCACCGAGAACAUCGAUCCCAACAUCGUCGUGAGCGCCGUGAACAGCAUCAACGCCGACUCCCAUUCUUCCUACUACACUUGCAACUCCAGCAUCGGCAGUGGCAACCGGAAGGAGAGUAGCCUAUCGCUGCGGCUCAAGCGAAGAGCCCUCAGGGGCGCGUCGGCGUCCAGAGAUUGCAAGAAAGAACUGCACAACAUGCUGAGCAGCGUGUACGAUAAGAAGUACAAGAAUUCACUGAACGUGUCGCGCCUGAAAGACUGCGAGGAUUCGGGCAUAUCCAGUCGGAAAAGCGAUUUCUCGGGCGUUGCCAAUGAGGAGAAUCGACCAAAGGUGAAGGAAGACGUGACAUCCGACUAUUCCAGAAGUUAUGUCGGCAGCGACGUCGAUUCGCCAGUCUCGAAUAUCUCAAGAGACUUCAAGCAUCCAAAUUUCAGAAGGAGCUUCAAGAGAAAACGAAAUGUGGAUUUUAUACCAAAUGAGGGACAAUCAAGCACGGGACUCACACAGGAAAUCGACACGAUUGAUUUGGGCAGCAGCACGCCGAAGAAAAAGAAGGAGAAAUCGCCUGCAAAGAGUGUCCUGAAUCCAAUAUCUCUUUCUGACGAUGAGUUGCCAAUAAACGCAAAUCUGGGCAACGUUCUCGUGUCCACGCCGGUGUCUUCGCAGAAAAUGCCUCGUCGCGACGGUGGAUUGCUGCACAAGAUCAAGAGCACGAGAUUUAUGCUGCCUGCUUCGGGGGAAAUGCACAAGAAGAGCACUUCCAUGAGCGACAGAUUGCCGAUGAGGGUUCUCAAGAUGCACGACGAGCCCGCAAUGUCGCCAAUAUCACGCGAAGUUGUGCAGAAGACGCCCAAGACUGUGCAGACACCGUAUAGGACGCCGAAGUCCGUGCGCAGAGGCGUCGGCAUGACAGACGAGCGGAUCCUGGGCACGCCGGACUAUCUGGCGCCGGAACUGCUGCUGUCGCAGGGCCACGGACCGGCGGUGGAUUGGUGGGCGCUGGGCGUGUGUCUCUAUGAGUUCCUCACUGGCAUUCCGCCGUUCAACGACGAGACGCCGCAGAAAGUGUUCCAGAACAUCCUCACGCGCAACAUCGAGUGGCCGGAAGACGAGGAGGCGCUGUCGCCAGAAUCUGUGCAGGCCGUCGAGGCGCUCCUCACGAUGGAGCCUAAAGAGAGACCGUCGGCGGGUCAGGUGCAGCUCAUGGUCUUCUUCCAGGACAUCAAGUGGUGUGACAUUCAAUCUGCAGAGGCUCCGUUUGUGCCAAAGCCAGACAAUCCAUUCGAUACGGGUUAUUUCGAAGCUCGAAACAUCAUGCAACAUCUCAAGUUGUCCAAUUUCGAUGCUGAAUCUUCGUGAAUUCGAUCAAUAUAAGUCAAAAUAGUCAGUUUUUGCUCAGA